AUGAUUGGGUCUGUUGGAGCUCCAUUAGUGACUGGUAUAUCUCCUAAAGAAGGUCCUCCUGGUACAAGAAUAACUGUUAGAGGGGAAAAUCUAGGAAUAGAUGCCAGAGAUUUGAUAGGUUUAAAGAUAUGUGGUGUAGAUUGUUUAUUAUCGGCUGAAUGGAAAUCAUCAAGUAAAAUAAUAGCUCGGACUGGACCAGGCAAAGGUAAAGGUGAUGUUAUUAUAACAACCAGAUCUGGUGGUAAAGGAUCCAGUAGUAUCGGUUUUAGAGGAUAUUUUCUUCAAAUAGGUCCAUUACAAGAAUCUGCUGUAUGGAUAGAUGAAUCUCAAACUGUACCAGCUAAUUUGGCUCAUGGUCGUCCCUCAUCACCAAUGUCACCUAAAGAAGAUGAAGACCCUUUAGGUUUAUCUGAUGAAGGAGAUGGUGUUAAAUUUACAGAAGAAGAAUUAUUAGAGAUAUUUCCAGAAGCAUCAGGAAAUCUAUCAUUAGAGAAUUUUUCACCAGUUUGGUAUUUGUUAGAAAAUCAUUGCAGUGCUAGUUUUGACGAUUUAAAAGCUGGAUUAGGGUAUUUACAGAGAAAGGCCAGUCAAAGAUCACAAGGACCUAUAGCUAUAGUAAAAUCAAACCUCAGUACAAUAUUAGAAUGUUUAGAUAGCUUAGCUGCCAUGUAUGAAAAGUUUACUAAGGAUGAUUUAAGAAUAGAUUGUAUGAAUUCAUAUGCAGUUCUGUUGAUGCAGGCUAAAUCAUGUGCAGACGGACUGUUUCAAGAAGUUCUAGGGAGGAAAGAUAAAGCAGACUCCACUAGAAAUGCCCUGAGUGUUCUACAGAAAUUCAGAUUUCUUUUCUACAUGCCUUACAAUAUAGAGAGAAAUAUACAAAGAGGCGAUUUUAAUAUUGUGAUCAAUGAUUAUGAAAAAGUCAAGUCAUUAUUUGCUGAAACCGAAGUGGGAGUUUUCAAAAAAGUUUAUGAGGAAGUUGAAAAUAAAAUCAGAACGUUUUGUAACAUGUUACAUAAAAAGUUACUAGAUCCUAAAAUAGGUUUAGAUGAACAGAAGAAACUCAUAAGAUAUUUGAUAAGUUUAGAAUAUGAAGGUGAUCCUGCAUGGGAAUGUUUAGAUAAUCAAUUACAGAAUAUAAUCUCUGCAUUAAAUGUAUGUAAAGAUUAUCACAUUGCUGUAGGUAAGUGUAUUUUCUUUUAUACUUGUUUUCAUACUUCCGAGACAUUAAACAAUAUUAUUUAUAUUGAAGGUUGGAAGUUUAAAACACCACAGAAAGUUUUAUUUAUUGAAGAUUUAACAGAUAUUAUGAUGGAAAAAUUCCCAGAUUUUUGGAAAUUGGGUCAAGCGUAUUUCUCUGGAGAUUUUAGUAUUAAAGAGUCAUCUGGUUAUAAACCUGAUUCCAGUAAACAUGCUAAAUUACGAGUAAGUUAUAUUUUUACUAUGAUAAAAGAACUAGUAGGUUUAUAUACUGCAUUUGUUCGAGCAGCCAUUCUACCAGAGUCAUUAGAAGAUGUAGGAGAUAUACAACUAGAAAAACUUGGUGUAUGGCCUAGUAGAAGACAAGAUAUAUCCGGAGCUUGGUUACCACAUUGUGUCAGACAUAUCAGAACCAGUACAUCAACUUUACAAGAUUUAGAUGUUCAUGGUGAAGCAUUAAAUUUAGUACAAGAAUUAGCUUUUGAUUUACGUACCCAUUGUAUGUUUACCUUACUGAAACAAGCUAUAAUAGAUGUAAAGCUGCUACAUAAUAAAGAAACAUGGGCUAUAGAAUAUGGUGAUGAAUAUGGAGGUUCAACUCAACUGCCUGUAUUAUUUGAGAAUAUUGUUAAUGAAACUAUAUCACACUUACAUGAAGUCGUUGUAUUAAAUAAACCUGGUGAACCAGAGAUAUUUAGUCAGCGACCAAUACAGAAAGAAGCGACUAUAUUAUGUACUCAGUUAUUACAGGCGUUUGCAUUAUGUAUGGAACAGUUAUCAUUUAGUCCACCAUUACACAAAAUAGACUCUGCACACUCCAUUUCAAUUCAUUCUAAAAUUUUGUUUGUACAGGAUAAAAGAUUAGUCAUAAUGCUGAGUAAUUGUGCACAUACAAUGGAAAAAACGGUUCCAAGAAUUAUUGAAAAUCUGAAUAAACAUGGUUAUGUUGAAAUGAAUAAAGCUUUAAAAGUAACUCAACAAACAUAUAUGGAAUUAGAUCAGAAGUUAUUUCAAGCAUAUAUUGAACAGAAGACAGAUCCUAUCAUUGGAACAAUGGAACCCAAUAUGUAUAAAUCAGGUUUUAAUUGGAAAACUUGGAAACAUAUCACUGGUGUGAGAAGUUACCUGAAGGAAGUUAUUAUUAGUAUCAUUGAAGUACAUGCUGAGGUGUUUUCCAUAUCUCCAGCCUUUAUAACUCGUGUUAUGAUGAAAGUAAUGGAGGCUGUAUGUGAAGAAAUAUCUAGAAUUAUUCAAUGUGUUACAGCAUUUGGUACAAUAGGUGCUAUACAGGCUAAACUAGAAUUAAAGGCCCUGGAAUCAAUAGUUGUAUUAUAUGAAACAAAGAAAAUCAGGGGAUGUUUUAAAGAAGCUUAUGAUUGUUUACCAGCACUAUCAGGAGAAGGAAAACAAAUGGUAGAUAAAUUACUGUCUGAAUUUCAGUCAGAUAUGAAAAUUCAACUGAUGUGUUUUCAAAGCGAUGAUAAUUCUAGUGUUGCAUAG